AUGCUGUUGCAAAAUGAUCCACCACAGUUUGCUUCGUCAGAUCCAGUGCAUAAGCUGGUGCAACAACCUUCACUCAGUCCAUAUGCUCCGAACGAGUUCGAACAAAAACAUUUUUUACAAGACGAUAGUUCAAUGAAAAACAAACUAAAUUUCCAAAACUUUGGUGACAAUUUCAUAACGUUGAAAAAUAAAAACAGACCUGUAUUGAAAAGACAGAGUAAUGGAGCUGGUAACACAAUUUCCAACAAUUCUCAAGUGUUAUCGCGGGAAGUUGAACACUUUGAAAGACAUUUCAUCACAGAGUCGUAUCUGAAGACAAAUUCAAAAUCAGAGACAUCUUUGACACAAGUUCUCAAGCCAUAA